UGUUGUUUUGCUACAGGUUAACGUGACUUUGUGAAAUAUUGGCAGCAGUGUUUGAAAAGAGUUUUGUUGGAGGAAGGGGGCGACACAAUAAAGUUAUUUUCUUUGUCAUCAUGGAUCCACUUCAUCAGCUCUACAGAACUAUUCGUCAGCUGUCUGAGGCACUCGCCUCUUGUUUAGCUCUUUUGUGUCCGCUUUCUUCCCGCUUGCUCUAUUCAAGCUAACAACACAACAGAAAAGCGUGUGUAUUCACAGGGACAGGGACUCUGUUAGGAUGAUUAGGGGGAGUACGGAGGUGAGACAGAUCUAAUUUUUUUUUUAAUUCUGAACCAACUAUAUACAAAAACAAAUUUCUCACCUACCUAUUUUAGUUGUCCAAAAUUAAUCAGGUCUGCUUUAGUAUGGUUUUUGAUAGUCAAUUAUCAUCAAGAGUCGCGUCUUAUUUAUUUUGACUCCCCCUGCUUCGAAAUGAAAUGGUACGGCCCAGAGGCAGUAGUGUCUUUUGAGUAGGUCCAGCAUCUCACCAGCAUUUACACCGGAGUGCCUGUGUGUGCGCCUGUGUGUGCGCUUGUGGGUGUGUGUGAGUGUAUGAGUGUAUCCUGCUGAGCGUCUGUGCUAAUGAAUUAAAAAGUUGACAAGUUCAUUUACAGACCCAUCUCGGAGUGAACAUUAAAAAAGAGACUCUGGAACAACUUAUCUCAAAGCAGAAAACAUGGACUGCAAGGAAGAAAUCAGUGACUCAGACAGUGGAAUCAUUUUACAUUCUGGUCCAGACAGCCCUACGUCUCCUGUGAAGGACCUCAGCACUCACACACGGGCCAUGAGGCUUAAGCACCAGGCUCUGGAGGACAGACUGGAGCUGUGUCUUCUGGAGCUAAAGAAACUGUGCAUCAGAGAGGCAGAACUUACUGGAAAGCUGUCAUCUGACUAUCCUUUGCUGCCGAACGAGAAACCACCACAGAUCAGGCGACGCGUUGGAGCAUCCUUUAAACUGGAUGAAGGGUUGCUUCCCCAUGGAGAUGGAGAGGAAUCAGAGUUGCAUUCACUUGAGGCUGAUUUGGCCCUCCAGAGGCAGAUAUACGAAGCAGCCCGAAGGCUGUCCCUUGAGGAACACAUCAGUAAGCCAGUGAGGAAGAGUCGACUGCAACAAUGCAAACGUGAGGAAAAGAAAAUGAAGGAGCUCCAGGAAGCUGUGAUAAAACACUGCAUUAACCACAGCUGUGUUUCACCAAAGACCUGCCGUUCCUCCAGGCAGAGAGACCUCUGUAUGUCUGAUGACAGUUCGCUGUCUGAUGCCGCUGCCCAUGAUGAUGAUUUAGAGCCAGGCCCAAUGUCCCCAAUGGCUUUGGACUCUGUGACUGGUUUCCAGCAUGUGCUGACCCUCUUGCCUUGUCAUGGAGCAAAACAUGAAGGUUCCAGCUUCAGCCUGGAAUACAAGCGAUCACCCAUCCAAAACAUGCCAUGGAGAGAAUCCAGUCUAGAUCAGCCAUAUCAGAAACAGAAGAAGCUUCCCUCUGCCAGCAGCAGCAGGUCAAGCAGUCCAACCGGAUCCUCGAUAGACCAGAGACUCGAUGACAUUCCUCCUGCUCCCCAGUUUGUGUUCAAAAGCCUGGCAAUGCGCAACAAUAACUCCAACAGCGCUCCCUCCACCCCGGACCUACCACUGCGCCGCCACAUCUCCCAGUCCUUCAGGUUUCCCAGAACCAAGCCAGAAGUAAGCAAACCGAGCUUAGAUCUGAGCCGUGGAAGGACGAAGCUCCCACGUCGCCGAGUCACUGACUUUGCCUUGGCUUACUCAGUGCAGCGUCUGUAUCAGUGCAGCUCAGAGGACAGCAGCUCAGAGCACUCCAUAUCCUCCUACAGCAGCUCAUCCAGCCAUGAGUUAACAUCUGAGGUAGCCAAAUCCCUCCCACCUCCUUACGGUUUCCACCGCAUCGCUCAAAACAAGUCCCAAGUCCAGCACUCCAGCACCAACAUCCUUCCCAAAAACAACCACACUGUGAGCAAACAAAUAAACAAACCAACUGUCACCAGCCCCUGUCAAGAUAAUAACCAUGACAGGAUGCUGCCAGAGAGAGAUAUGAGAAGGCUGAACCUGGCUUUGACCUCCACAAAUACAAAUAAGCAGCAGGUAGAUGUGACUUCACCUAAGCGUAUAGUUAAACCCCCUCCACCAUACCAUAGGCCGGCUCGCACACCUUCAUUGAAGGAGUAUCCCAAUCAUCCUAGCAGGCUGCUUCCUCGAGAUGUCGUCACAAAUGACCUCAGGGCAUGGCAUGCGAGGAACAAUGUGGGAGAAAUUAAGCUUCAGCCACUGGAACGACAAGGGUCUAUGCAUGUUAAAUGCUCACCAGAUCAAGAGCCACCACCCUACCACCAGAUCCAGUCUCGGAGACAGACUCCUCAGAAAGUGAUCCUACAGCGAGAUCAUGAUGGAACUCCUUUGCAGUGGUAUGAAGAAGAAGACUGCGAGAUCGUAAGCCAGGUCUAGACCACAGUCAGCUAAAAUGCAGAAGCAUCUUUCACCAUCUUUGUUCUAUACAUGUCAUUAAUACAUAUCUUUUUUAAGUCUAUUUAUUGAGCCAAUGGACUCUGAUGCUGUCUGAGAGUAAAAUGCUGAUUCUGAGUAAAAGGUGAAGCUGAGCCAAAUUGAUGUGGCACCGAUUUUCACCAAGUGCAGAGCCCUUCAUCACUUAAACACUGACUGAAAUUCAAGUCUAAGAAUUACUUAAUCGUAAGGCAUCAUGCCAAAUUCUCAGUGAUUAUAUUAUUAUUAUUAUUAUUUAUUAUUAUUGGUCCAUCUGUACAGUUACUAUUUCUAAAAAAAAUAGUCUCAUGAAAAGUACAUUUUGAAGUAUAUGCUUGUGUCUGGUACACAGUUUUUUAUACCCUAGUAUUUUGGAUCCCCAAUUAUGUAAAGUAAUACAUUAUGCUUUAAUAUAAUAUUUAUGUUGUUUUUACUCUUCUAAGAUUAAUCUCAGUCCUUUUCUUACAGGUUUUAUUGUUUCUACAUUUACAAUAUUCUUGUUAGGUGCUGCUAUGCCAUUUGGUACUAUGUCCCUGUUUUAUAAACUGCCUGCUAGAUUUUAUGAGUGCAGAUAUUUUCCUUAUUCAGAUGUCCUAAAGCGGCAAUUCCUCACUAUAAUAUAUAUUUGUGUACUAACAACUUAAUAUGUAUGGAAUGUUAUUUAUAAUAAAAUAUACUCUAUCAAGAUUGCUCAUCAUUUCACCAUCUCCUACCACACAAACAACUGCAACCGAUAAACGUGACUCUUGUAUAAAACAUUGCCAUCUUUAUUAUAUGGGAUAUACAUGGAUUACACUUAUUUGAUGAAAAAAUAUGUAAAGUGCCAAUACUUGUUUUCUACGUUAUCUUCAUCCAAUGAUAGGUCAACCUUUCCACCCCACCCCUUAUAUUAUUUAAUUCAUUUCAUUCAUUAGUGCUCUAUGCAGCAAUUCCAUCCAUAAAUCCCCUUUCUGUACCGCUUAUCCUAUACAGGGUCGCAGGGAGCCUGGAGCCUGUUCCAGAGAACUCGGGGCACGAAGCGGGGGACACCCUGGACAGGUUGCCAACCCAUCGCAGGGCACAAUCACUCACACACACACACACACACACACACACACACACACACACACACACACACACACACACACACACACACACACACACACACACACACACACACACACACACACACACACACACA